AUCGUUCAUACUCGUUUUGGCAGAGUCACGUAGCAGCCAUACCAACAAUAAACCUACAAAAUUUUCUACACACACUUUACUUUGUGUUUUAGUUUUGGAUUUUAAUUCAGUUCAGUAUAUACCCGAAAACGGCAGCCAUUUUGAAAACAAAUUUAUUAAUACAUUAGAAACCGUGGAAAGGAAAAGAAAACGCAAUCAACAACAAAAACGGAAUAAUUAGAAAGAGAGAAAUAACGAAACACACUCGAUUGUUUGCCUUAUUGAAAUACACAAAAAACAACAACGUUUAGUACAAUAACAAAAAAUAAGAGAAAGACCAGUUAUAUCCAAAAAACGUAUGAGUUUUAGUUCUCUCAGUCUGUGUUAAAGAAGAAAUUUUUAUUUAUUUCAUUUUGUCGCACUGAAGAGGCAUAAACAAGAACGAUACACACACAUACUACAGAUAUAUAUAUUUUUUCCCUGAAUUCAAUUUCGUUUGAGUGUGUCUCCGAUCUCAAUCAUUCAUCACCAAACCGAAAAAAAUAACAAAUUUCCAAGAGUGUGAGUGUAUGCACCGAGUAAAAACAACAAGCAACAUAGACACAGUCACAACGUACUUCAUACCCAACCAUCUUUUUUUCAAUAGAAAGUGGAACAUUUACGUUGAACGCAACGACGAAAAGAGAUAGAAACAACACUAGCAUUUGUUUUUUUAACGCAGAAAGACUUCAGUGUUGCAAACCAGAGCAUACAGUCAAACGCAGUAGCAGCAACAUUAAUUGUAUCAUCAUCAUCCUUUGAUUUGCUCACGAGAUCUCUAUUUUUUUUUCGUAUAUAUGUGUGUGUCUACUCUCAAUAAUUGUUAUUGAGUAAAUUUUGUUAUUACGUUUUGUUGGUGUGUUUUUAAAAGAGUCGACGUCCAAGACGUAAAUUUUUUUACAAACUAAAAAAAAAAAAACAAUUAUUCACCUACACAACAUCGUGCACACAUUUGAAAAAAGUGUGCGUGUGAGCGAGAAACGGUGACAAAACCAACCACACUAGAGCAAAAUUUGUAUAAAAGGGUGUUGCUUAAAUGCAUCAUCUAUGGAAACAAUCCGCAACAAAAUCAACCAAAUUCACACAAACACUAAAAGCCCAGUACAUUCGAUACAAUAGCCGAUCAGGCAAUCGAUACAUUCAAAAAUACAAAAAAUUGAUUUGUAGGCAACCCUUCGGCACAUUCAAUAUUAUUCGGACAGAGUGCAGCAGCUGCAGCGGAAAUCCAUUAGCACCUACACCACAAUACGAUAGCAAACGACCGACAAUACACACACUCUUCUCACAUCUGCAUCCAAUUCAGUCAUAGUUGAACCGUCAUUGCAAUCGCAUCUGCAUAUAGCAACACACAUCAGACAGUUUAUCGUUUUAAAUUUUCAAGUAAAAUAUAGAGAUUGAAGAGAAUAAGGAGCGGUUUUGAAAUUGAAAGAGAGUAUUCAACAAAAAAUCAGUCAUAUCAUCUUGUAUAGUUGUGAUCACAACACACACUUUGCCUUCAAUUUGUCAUCAAACAUUUAACGUCAAGAGAGAAAAGAUUGUGUUAUAUAUUUUUUUUGUCCUACGCCGGUGAAACGAGAAGUUACGAGAUUUUAUAUCGUGCAUAUCCUCAAUCACGACUGUUUAAAUUCAAUUGUAAGGAGAACAUUUGCCGAAAACGCACCAACGAUUAAGACAUUUUCACAAACGUUUGGCAAGAUAUACAUUUACUGCAAAUUAGACGCAUUUUCGAUCAGAAAAGUACCAAAAUUCCAACGACAAAACUAACAUAGCUACAAUGACCAAUUCACACAAUCGAGCUACGCAAAAGGAAGGCCGGAACUCCGAAAGGAAUAAUGCGAGCCCCAAUCAUCAAAAGAAUGGAAAUCAAAAUGGUAAUGGACGCAAGGUGACAUUUUUCAACGAUAAUCAAAAAGGUGGCAAAGGAUAUUAUGCACAAAAGCACUCGAGCAGUGCGCCGCAGUAUUUUUCCACAUCACCCAAAGAUAUCGUAAUGCCGGCCAAUUCAAAUAAUCAUGCAAAAAAUCAUCAUCAUCGUCAUCAUCAUAACAAUACCAAUAAUAAUCAUCAACAACAACAUCAACGUAAUCAUCACAACGGUAGUCCGCAUGGUAUUCUUGGUCGUAGUCCACCUCGUUCGCCCAUUUCAUUUGCAUCACCGGCCGGAGUAUCAACCACCACUCCAAAUUUACAUUUUGCUGGUAGUAAAUAUUUUGAUGCACCAUCACCGAAUGCAUUGCCACGGCCACCAAGCAAUUGGACCACAACCAAUAGCCAAAUGAUUGAAAUGUCAUUGUCACCACCGACCACCACAUCGUCGAUGGCCGAUUUGAUGGCUCAAUCCAAACGGCGUUUGUUUCCAUUAAAUGAUGCCGCCAGUGAUAAGAAGUGUUCGUUAAUGGUAGCCGAAGCGGCCAGCAAAAAUUUAUGCAGUGAUAUUUUUUCGCACAAUUUAAAAUUACUUUUAAAUGUUCAGGCCUGAAACAGUGACACACUGAUCAAAUAAUCGAAUCGACCGUGCAACAAACUAAAAAAAAAACCACAACACACAAUCAAUUGUUUCUUUUUUAGACAAACUGACCUGAUUUUUAUCUGAAAUGGAUUACUGAAGUUAUAUAUAUAGAAAUAUGAAAUUAAAAACGAGUUGAAAAUUUUUCGAAAUUUUCCACCUAUCACCACCACAUUUGAAAUUGGAAACAAAAAAAAAUAAUUUUCGUGAAGAACCGAAAACAAAACCAUCACUCUCGACAUUUAAAUAGAACAUAUUCGAUCGGAAUUUCGCACCCUUUCAUCCAGUCAAUAGUCCACAACAUUCGAGAUGACAAUUUGCAUUGCCGAAUCUCGUACAACAACAACAAAAAGUUUACCAAAAAAAAAAAUUUUGGUUUCGCACUUCAUCAAAUUCAAAAUCAAAACCACACAAGCAGUUUUUACGAGUGUCCACAUGUCGACCAUUUCAAAUGGUCAAUUGAAAUUGCGGCCGAACAAAUUGAAGCUGGCAAAACAAAAAAACAAAAAUUCAUUGUGUGACGAAAAGUUUGUCGGAUCCAAACCAGAAUGCAAUCAAAUCGAUCGAGACAGUGCCGAUUUCGAAUCAAUCAAAUUAAUCUACAAUCAAAUAACCAAAAUUCAAUCGCAAUUUUCACAAUCAAACAAAAUCGCAGAACUUUCAAUCAAAACCAUCUUUUUUGGCAAACGAGACUAGAGCGGAUUUUCAAAAUUUCACAUAAAAACCAAUUUUUUUUUAUAAAAACCAAAACAAAAACAGAAAUAAUCGGUCUCUAGUGAGACGUACUUGAAUUGUUCCUUUUGAAAAGCAAACUUCCAAGUGAACUGAAUCACUUUAUUUUUAUAUUUAUAAAAAAAACUGAUGGAAAAAUGUAUUUUUUUACUAUUGAACAUUUCAAAUUUGCUUUUUACAUCGAUAAAUAAUGCCAAAACAUUUAUUUAUUUUGCUAAAAAAAAAAAAAUGAAAUACUCUGAAUAUGAGCAUAAAAUUCCCAUUGAACAAAAUAAAAUUUAAUUGAAAUUUAA